AUGACGCUAGUUGAGUUCAUGGCCGCAGGAUCUAACUAUGGAGUAUGUAACUACUUGCGAGAUACAUCCAGUCGAGUCCCGUUUGGGUUAGCCUUAGCGCCCGUAUUGAACGGUAUCAGGAACCCUAACAGGGUCCCCAUCGAGUCAGUCCACCGGCUCAACUCUUUACGAGGCCCGUGGCUGACGGCGUGGUCAAAGCAUCCGCCAGAUGGAUGGACCGGUAAGGCUGGAGACGGUGGACGGAGGUCAAACGGUCUCGAACCUGGUCUUCGCCAUCCGAACCAUGGUGCACGCAGGUCUAUCGAUUUCGGGUCUCGAAUCGCCCUCUCCCGCUGUUGGGCUGAGGCACCAGGCACUUAA